AACAAACAGUUGCAAACAAGCCGUGGAUAACGACGUAACACGCUCAGCUUCCAAACGAGGCGUCGCGAAACUUUCUGUUUUUUUUUUUCUUUCUUUGUUUUUUCCAUACACGGCCAAUUAAGAGACUGGACCCUAGUGAACCAUUUUUUAAAUCCGAUUAACAACAAAGAAGUUGUGAAGUGACAAAACUAAAUAUAACAAGAAAUACAAAACAAAAAAAAUGAAACUUUUGCCUUUUUUGUUGGGCCUUUUGGCCGUCGUUGUUGUGGCUGUUCAAGCCAAAUUAGAAGAAAAAUUCCAUUGGAAACAAUUAAUGUUCGACUGGCCAUCUGAAAAGGCUGAAAAAGAUGCAAUUGCAAGCGGAGAUUAUGUUGUUGAAAAUAAUUUACCCUUGGGCGUGGAAAAAUGGAAUAAUAAAUUGUUUAUUACGGUACCAAGAUGGAAAUCUGGUGUUGCGGCCACAUUAAAUUAUGUCGAAUUGGAUACCAAGGAGAAAACUCCCAAACUUCGUCCAUAUCCAAGUUGGGAAAAUAAUAAAAUACCCAGCGAUAAAUGUGAAGAUGAAAAAGGCUGUCCAUUGAAGGAUAAUUCUACCAUUAUUUCAACAUUCCGUAUUAAUGCUGAUAAAUGUGAUCGUCUAUGGGUUUUGGAUACCGGUUUGGCUGAUAUUUUGGGUGAAGGCAAACAAGUGACACCUAAUGCUAUUGCAAUUUUUGAUUUGAAAACCGAUAAAUUGGUGCGUCGCUUUACCAUACCCAAAACGCAAUUGAAGGAGGAUAGUUUCUUGGCCAAUAUUAUUGUGGACUCAGAACGUUCGGAAUGCUCAGAUGCCUAUGCUUACAUUCCGGAUUUGGGUGCCUAUGGCGUUAUUGUCUAUUCGUUCCGUGACAAUCAUUCGUAUCGUGUCAAACACAAUUUCUUCCAUUUCGAUCCAUUGUUUGGUGAUUUCAAUGUUGGCGGCGUUAACUUCCAAUGGACAGAUGGUGUCUUUGGCAUGGCCAUUGGUCCCCGCAAGGCUGAUCACACCAAAGAUGUCUACUUCCAUGCCUUGGCUAGUACCAAAGAAUUUAUGGUCUCCAAUAAGGUUUUGCAAAACGAAACCCAUGUCACCAGUCCGGCUGCCUAUUUUGAUUUCAAAUAUGUUGGAGAUCGUGGCAUGAAUGGCCAAUCUACCGCGGAAGUUUAUGAUCUGCAAACCGAUGUCAUUUUCUAUACCCAAGUCAAUAAGGAUGCCAUCGCCUGCUGGAAUACCAAAAAACCCUAUCAAGCCGAUAAUCAGGGUCUAAUUGAUUCCGAUUCACACACUUUAGUCUUUCCGAAUGACAUGAAAAUUGAUCCCGAAGGAAAUCUAUGGGUAUUAUCCGAUAAAAUGCCAACAUAUUUAUAUCAAAAAUUAGAUCCGGCUGCUGUUAACUAUCGCAUCUUGACUGGUAAUAAUCGGGAUUUGAUUAAGGGAACACCCUGUGAUAAAUAAGAAGAUUUAAAUCACAGUCCCCAGAAUUGCAGUAUGAAAUAUUAUUUUGUAUAGCUUUUAAGAACUUGUACUUUUUAUUUACAAGUUAUAUGUAUUAAUAAAUUAUUUUUAUAUAAACAAUAAGUG